AUGUCCAGCUCUAUGGAGGCCCCCGGAAAAGGAACCUCAAGCGCACCUGCGCCAGACUACCCUAUGGAGGGCAUCACAGCAUCUCGAUCUUCUGGCGAAGACGUGGACGUUCCUAUGAGUGACUCCCGCAUCGAGUCGAGCACCGCGAACGUUGAGCUCAAAGAGACCGCUGAUGAAACGGUGGGCAGCUCUGCAAGCGACGCGUCCAGUGACGACGAUGACGAGCCAUCGCUCGACAAUCCGUCGACAGACAUCUCUGGGGAUCUAGACCGUGCUCUCCACAACUUAUCCAGAACCUUCACCGGAGAAAUCGCCUCUCACAAGACCUACCUUGACGCGCCGAUACCCGGCCUCAACCUACUUGCCAAUGACAUCGGGCCGAUCGGCCUCCCACUCAAUGAGCGCGAGGCUCAGGUCGUCAAGGCCGGAUGCAAGCAAGCCCCCUUUGGCAAGGGAGAGAGAACUGUUGUCGACAAGUCCGUACGUGACACGUGGGAGAUGGAUGCCAGCCUGGUUCAUUUCAACAAUGCUGCCUGGAAUGACUUCAGGCAACGCGUGUUGAAGGACGUUUGCACGACCAUUGGCGUCAAUAUGGCGGUCAGCAACCCUCGCUGUGAGCUGUACAAACUGCUUCUGUACGAGACGGGUUCGCAUUUCCUGCCUCAUGUGGAUACCGAGAAGGUCGCGUCAAUGUUUGCCACCAUCAUCGUCGUCUUGCCAUCCCCGUUCACCGGUGGAGCUGCGCAUCUCUCGCACGCGAACAAGUCGGAGGUCUUCGACUGCUCUGAGAACAGCGCACACCAAACGACGGUCUUGUCAUGGUACACGGACGUCACCCACUCAAUCGAGCCUAUCACCUCCGGCUACCGUCUUGCGCUGUCCUACAACGUCUACCACACGACCAACGCCCUCCGACCCUCUUUGCCUACCACCCAUUCCGCCGUGAACGCCCUUCGCCUAGUGCUGCUUUCGUGGAAGCAGGCGAAUGGCCCCGACGUGCCGCGGAAGGUGAUAUACUUGCUCGACCACCAGUAUACCAAGGCCAACAAGACGGGCAACGCUCUGAAGGGCGCCGACGCUCACAAGCUCGGCAUUCUUCAGGGAUUGGCCAAGGAACUCGGCUUUCAGCUUGGCCUUGCUAGCCUGAAGGCGCAUGUCACUGGCUAUGCGGACGACGAUGAGUAUACCCCUCGCGCAUACGGCGUCGCAAACUUUAUGGAAGUAGAGGAGAGGGAACUCGAGAUCAGAGACCUCACAGAUGUGAGCAAGCUAUCCCUCUUGCAUCGCUUGAAUGUUCACGGGCGUGCCUUGCAGCUCGACGGAAACCUGCUCAAGAAGAAGAUCGACUUCGAAGACGAGGGCAUCGAAUGCAUUCGCGCGAAUUCACGAAUGCGAAACUUCAAAGGCUCACAGCACGUACAGGAAGCAGGGACCCUCGAGCGAUGGUAUCAACGCACUGUCCUCGUACUAUGGCCGCUGAAGUUCGACAUCAACAAGUCCUUCAAGGAUGACAUCGACACUGCGAUCCGAGUGCUAUUGCACGUGACGCCCAAAGCCUACAAGCGCGAGCGUCGGCUCGCCGACUUCCUCAUCAACGUUGCGCGGUCGGAAUCAGAGCCAAGUAGACGGCUCGAGGUCACGCACGCUGUCUGUCACGCCGCCUGUUGCUGGACCGACCGGGCCUUGUUUCUUCGAGCGACCGAGAUCUUCACCGAGAGUGGCGUAGAGGGCCUAGGGCCCAUGGACAUCGUCGCGGCUGCUCAAGCAUUUGGCAUGGACUUCGUCGGGCCCGUUGUGGAGAAGAUGCUGGUCGCCGAAAAGCUCAAUGCGCGCCGCUUGCAGCUUCUGGAUGAGCUGCAGGCAUCGUGCUCGACACUUGAGGACACGGUUGAGGUCCGGGUUCUUGCCUGGGUGGCAGAGCAGCGAAAUUGGGCGCUCGAACAUCUUCAAUCACCUCAGGACGACGAUGCGCAAGUACUCUUAGACGCUGCCCGCAAACAUGGUACCCUCCGCGUCCUCCCGGAUGUAAUUGUUCCGCAGAUCAAGGCGAACACAACUACCUCAUUCUUGACCAAGUUCGCCACUCUUUUGCACACCGAGAAGGUCAAGCCCGACACCCUCGACGCCGACAAGGUCAUCCUAGAGCACACAAUCAAAGAUCUCGUGGCGACAGCAAUCUCAAAGGUCGAUUUCUUUGUACCGGUACCGGUUUAUUGGAGCUCGUACUACUCAAAGCCAACACCGCGACCGGGGCCGGCGGUGGCGAGCACGUACAUCGAUCUCUGCCUAAGCACAGACAACGAGUCUUUGCUUGACGACAUCGUUGCGCGGCUGACAGACGUGUCCGACCUACCCGUCGCGGAGUCGUACAGCCGCGCCGAAAAUGUCCUCCUGCCGCUUCUCCCGCUGGUGGGAGAAACGGUGAAGGCGCGAACGAACGGCACGCCUCAUCUUCCUGGUAGUUUACAGCGGCUCUUUGACAUCACUUUCCAACUGUACUUGAGCGGCAUGUCUCAGACGAGUCCAUCGGAAAAGAACGCCCAAGCGCUCGUCAGGGCAUGCACAUUCCAUGGUGGAGCGAAACUACUGUCCGAGAGCGUUUGGCCGGCCGUGAAGGCUGUGACCUACCGUGAAGCUCCCAUGUAUACAUUUCUGCGCGAGGUCCAGCAGCAGCGCGAUCAGCUCCCUGUGUCGGAGGGUGCUGCCAGCGUCGACCGGCUCUUAGCCGACAUCCUGCAAUUCCUCAUCGCCAAAGCGUUGUUUAACGGAUCCCAAGGGGAUCGAUCGACAGCGAUUGAUUUGCUGAAGCUCUGCGCCUCGUGCGAGCACCACGAGCUCUAUGGCAGCGUCCUCGUCCGCCUUUUGGACAGCACCUUCGUCGACGGCACCUACAUCUCCAACGUCCUCGUGCCGUUCAUUCCCCAGCUUCACCAAUUCCUCAACACUCAGAAGAUAUCGACGCACGCAGAGCCGUUUGGCACAUUCUUUACCGCCCUUGUCGGCUUGUGGACGAAGCAUGUUUUGGGGCCGAAGCCUGCGAAUACGCCCAGCGACUUGUUGGCGCGGCUGAGGGGGCACAGCUGCAAGUGCAGCGAGUCUUUGGAGCUCAUCCGGAUUGGCGCUCCCAAACGGAAGCAUCUUGAGAGCGAGCUUGCGAGCUAUGCGACUGGCGCAACGCAGUGGGAACUGAUAUCUAGGUCUCCUCAAGGAUUGAAGAUCACGAAGACCGAGGCGAUCUACGAGCCAGUCGAGUGGCAAGCAAAGCAUGCGCAAGGCCAAGCGAUGCUUGAUUCCAUCUCGAGAGAUCAAGGGGAGCUGCGCCAAGUAUUUGGCGCGAAUUACCAGGUCAUCAUGGGGGCGUUGCAGGGUCUGCCGACAUUCCAGGAGCAAGCUGCGACCCUGACCCUUGCGUUGGCCGCGCCACCUGCUGCGGCUAGCGCUUCUGCAAGUCAGAUGGAGACGACGAGCCAGCACCCCUCCUCAUCUGCUCAACCUACUACGCGAAAGCGCAAGGCGUCGAACGAUCCGAGCACUGUGAUUGACUUGUCGAACGAUAUUCCUUGA